AUGAAUUUGUAUCCGAAAGCUAUUAUAACUCGAAGUCAAAAUGUGGAUUGUAAUAUUGUUGUGACAGUUUUUGGAUGGGUUGGUGGAGUUGAUAAAAAUGUGGAGAAAUAUACAAGGAUUUAUCAGAAGAAGGGGUGAGUUUUUCGAAAAAUCGCUUCGAAAAUUACGAUACUCCACGUUUACACCUUGUAUAUCUAUAUAUAUUCCCCCUAGAUAUACAACAAUCCAAUACACGGCGGCUGCGAUUCGAAUCGGUUGGGGAACAAAAAACGCUCGAAGAGUCACCGAACUCGCCGAAGCCUAUCUCCAACUUCUAGACGAGAACAUACAUGGCAUCUUUGCCCAACGGACCCUCCAUGUAAUGAUCCCCCCCUCCCCAAAAUUUUGAAAUGUCAUGAUCCCCCCCCUCAAUUUUUUCGUCAAAAAUUUGAAAAAAUAAAUGGUGAAAAAAAAUGAAAAAAAUCAAAGAGAGAGGGGGAGUUUCAUUUUUGACAUAUUUUUUCAGGUUCGAUAAUUUGGAAACUAGUGCUUUAGGAAUAUCGAAUGUAGAGAACGAGCGAAGAGGUCAACGGAUACCUUUCAUCGGCUAAUUAUUCUUAUUUUAUUUCUAAAAUUCUCAAUUAUAUUUUUCUAUAUCCUUCUAAAAUAAAAAAUGAGUUUAUUGUAGUAAGUUCCUUUCAGAAAUCUUCAUGCAAUGAUCAUGCUCAACCCUUCUGAACAAUUCCAUAUAAAUUAUAGACAAUGCGUUAUUUAUUUGAUAAUCAAAUUGAAACUCAAAAAUAUUGAAUUAGAAAACAAAAAGAAAAAGUGGAUUCCACCGAGGAUUCGAUCCAAAAACCGUCUGAUUACUACGCGCGAUCUCUACCGACUUGACCACGAGGCUACUUUUUUCACACGCUUAUUUUUAAGUGAUAAAAAAGGGAUAGAAGGGGAGAUAAAAUGAAAAAGAGAAGGAGAAGCGGAAAAAAUCAUGAAAUUUUUGAAAAAUUACCAUUUUUUAUCGAAUUUCGCCGAUUUUGUUAUAUGUUCCGACUGUAUAAGUAACUUAAGGAUGGUAGAAAGGAAUGUCUGUUAAAAUUAUCUCAAAAGAUGGCUUAUUUCUUGAGAUAUGAUCCCCCAAAAUCGAAGCCGUUUUGCUAUGUCAUUUUGGGGGAUCAUAUCUCAAGAAAUAAGCCAUCUUUUGAGAUAAUUUUAACAGACAUUCCUUUCUACCAUCCUUAAGUUACUUAUACAGUCGGAACAUAUAACAAAAUCGGCGAAAUUCGAUAAAAAAUGGUAAUUUUUCAAAAAUUUCAUGAUUUUUUUCCGCUUCUCCUUCUCUUUUUCAUUUUAUCUCCCCUUCUAUCCCUUUUUUAUCACUUAAAAAUAAGCGUGUGAAAAAAGUAGCCUCGUGGUCAAGUCGGUAGAGAUCGCGCCUAAUAAUCAGACGGUUUUUGGAUCGAAUUCUCGGUGGAAUCCACUUUUUUCUUUUGUUUUCUAAUUCAAUAUUUUUGAGUUUCAAUUUGAUUAUCAAAUAAAUAACGCAUUGUCUAUAAUUUAUAUGGAAUUGUUCAGAAGGGUUGAGCAUGAUCAUUGCAUGAAGAUUUCUGAAAGGAACUUACUACAAUAAACUCAUUUUUUAUUUUAGAAGGAUAUAGAAAAAUAUAAUUGAGAAUUUUAGAAAUAAAAUAAGAAUAAUUAGCCGAUGAACGGUAUCCGUUGACCUCUUCGCUCGUUCUCUACAUUCGAUAUUCCUAAAGCACUAGUUUCCAAAUUAUCGAACCUGAAAAAAUAUGUCAAAAAUGACCACAUGCAAAAACCCAAUUUUUUUCUAGCGUACCGAUUUCACUUUGAAAAAAAUUUAGAUUUUUUGUAUGUAAUGUCAUGAUCCCCCCCUCGAAAAUUUUUUCCAAAUGUCAUGAUCUCCCCCUCACAAUUUUGAGAGCAGUGCCAUGUAUGGACGAGAAUCCCAAUUAUAAACUGGUUUUCCACACAAUCUCAACAAAUGGUGUCUUCACUUUAUGUGCUCUCGAUUUACAAUACCCGGAAUUGCGGAUUUUUGAGAAAUGCGAGGGAAUGUUUUUCGAUAGUUGUCCGAUUCAUAAUAAUAGUGAUUAUUUGAAAGUUGUCAAGGCUUAUUCUUUGGUUAUGCAACAUUUGUAUGAUAGUCAGGUGAGUGUGUGUGUGUGCAUUUGUGCGUGUGGUGUUUGCGGAAAGAUUGUGGUUUCACAGGGCCUAGAAUUUUAAAUCCAGAGAUCUAAAGAUCCUGAAGUAUUCUGAAUAUUUGUUUGAAAACUAGAGUUAUCCCAAAAAUUAACAGAAAAACUCACAGAAUCGAAAAAAAUCAGUGGAAAUGGGAAAUGAUUAAUUCCACGAGGCCAACAAUGUUUCACGUUUCAAUAAUUUUUAUUGCAGAAUCUCAACUUCUUCUCAAGAAACUUCUCAAAAUUCUGGGCAAAUGCGAGCUUCAUCUACGACACAGUCCGCGACAAUACUCUCAUCAAAAUCGGCUAUGUUUCACUGGAAAAUGUCUCACCUUUCCACUAUAUUUUACAUCAUCCAAAUCUUCCCAAAGUUAUCUCAUUUGUCUAUUCUGACGCUGAUAUUGUUUGUGAUGCUGAGUGAGUUAGGCUAAGUCUUAAAUAGUUGAUGUGUUACUUAAAUAAAUUCCAGGGUGAUAAAAUCAUUCGAAGAUACCGUAAGAUAUCGAGGUCGAGAUGUGAUUAGCACAAGAUUCAAGGAUUCACUGCAUGUUGCACAUUUUCCAAAAUAUCCAAAACAAUAUAUUGGACAGAUUGAUGAAUUUAUGAAGAGAAUUGAGAAAAAAAUUGAGCAGCCGGUUCAGGAAGAAUUUUUGGCGAAAUUGUAG